AUGGCCAAGAAGUUAAAAGUCGAGGUAGCCAACCCCAACAACGUCCCUAACAAGGACAUUAUCCAGCGCCUCAAUUUUCUGUAUCAAGCUAGUGUCUAUCUCAACGGCGUCACGUCGCAGGCACCUCCACGAAGGAAAAAGCAAAAGAGAGUCACUACGUGCGAUCUGUCCCGUAACUACGUGUCUUCCAUGAAGACCGUAGGCCAAAAGACGACCGUGAAAAUGGAUCCAUCCGUCAAGCGAACGAUCUGCAAAGGAUGCGAUACUAUUCUGGUUCCAGGAUCUACAGUUACGAUACGAGUGAAUAAAUCACCAUCGCACGGACAUCUCAUGGUGUACACUUGCACGCAUUGCAGAACUUCGCGUCGAAUACCUGCGCCACCUGUGGAUCGGUCGUCAGACACAGAGGUUGUAGAUUCCUCUACCACAGCGGAUGUGGACGUGGACACUGCCGGCCAUCCUGUGUCACUUGGAAAGAAGGGCCCAAAGUCUCGCAUUCCUCCGCUGUUUGCUAGGAAGGCAGGCCAUGUCAUUUUUUGCGGGCAAGAGAAGGUUCUGGUUGACGAGACGUCACUGGGGAAUGGAGUGUUCAUUGUCUAG